AUCUCGAAGCUGUCGGAAAAAUGGAAAAUGUGUUACUGCCCCUUUUUUGGACAUCUGGUAGUGAUUAAAUGUGAGUAUAAAGCAGAGAUGAAGUGCACUUGAGCAGCAGAAAGCAGCAGGAUGAAGAGUACUGUUCAGUUAGGGCUGUUGUGUCUCAGCCUGCUCAUCUCCAGUCUUCAUGGAGAAGAAGUCGAGGGAGAUGCAAGCAUGCAUGCUGCAAUUAAAUUUGAUGAGCCGGAUCUUGAACAGUUUGAGAUGUACAGAGUACGACAACAGGCGGUCUCCACAAAGGAAAAUACAGCAAAGACAGUAGCUGCUGUGCCAUCAAGUGGGAACAGCAAGAUCAAGAGAAAAUGGCCACGUCCAGGACAUCUCACUCCUUUAGGAGACAGUGGAAAUCCAAUGGUAUACGUCCAUCACCGCACCAAGAGACAGGAAAAAAGCAAGAAUAAAAAACGGAAAAACCGUCCCGGAAGUCAGAGCCUUUUAGCAAAAAUUCCGCCACCCCAGCAGACUGUCAAAGUCAAAAGGGAAGCCGGAGGACAGAGACCCUUGCCAGAAAGUUAAAGCAUUAUACGCAUUCAAGGCUCCUUCCCAGGUUCCCUGAAUAAGAAAAAUAAAAAAAAGAAAUGCAUAGAAAUACAUCACUACGAGUGUUUCAGGCUCAGGUUAUGCUUGUGAUAAUCAUUUAUAUUUCUAUAGCUUUUCUUUUCCAAGUAUAUUUUAGUUAAGUAAAUAAUCUCUAUGGAAAAUAAAAUGUGUAAUUCUUAUCAACAUCACUAGGGAGCAAUAUUUCCCCAAAGAUGAUGAGCGCUCAAACCAGCUUGGCUUGUUAACACGAAAUGUUUAUGUUUAUCUUCUUCUGUUAAUUACAAUAAAGCAUUUGUGUUUAAAUGUCA